AUGCAGCAAAAGAGCACGCGAGACAUCAAGCGAGGGACGCGCGGACUGCCCAGUCGAAAGCCAAGCCCAGCGCAACACUACAGACUUGUCAAGAUAUCGGCGAAAGUGGAGAAGCAGAAGUCAAGGAGGUGGAAAAGUAAGACCGCCGACUCAAGACUUUCCUCCGAAUUGGAUCGACUCCUUGUCGGCGACGAUACCUCUGAUGGCUCCUUUUUCGGGGAAUCACCUACAGCGUACAAGGUUCAGCACCCGUUGCGAGCCGCUUUGCAGAGUCUUCCUGGCUUUUCGUUCGACGACGAGCUGGACAGUGUCACUUUUGGAAAGCAUCGGCGUGUCGCAUUCGGCCUGGCUGAUAUCAUGGAGCAGGGUGGGCGUGACGCAGUCAAAGUUUGGCUCGAGGAGUUUCUCUUACUUGCUUUCCAGACAAUGAAAAACAUUGUCGCACGCCAUCCACAGUCCAAUGAUAUGGAGGACGUUCCCAUGGGUUUUGUUAUAUUGGCCCGAGAGAUGGAGUCGACCACCGACAAGUCGCCCACAUCUAUAUCUUUCUCGCGAGCACGGAGGACUAUGGAGAGACGGCUUCGUCAAAGCUACGAUCUACGAAGGCUCAUCGACUGGGUUCUCGAUGCUCGUCGGAAGUUUCUAGAAUCGAAGCCGAAGCCCAUGCCUGGCUUUGGAAUCUUUGGACAGGCAGCGGUGGAGGAGGGAACCGAACUCGAGAAAAAGCUGUGGGCAGCUAUAGAUGCGCAGACGACUUAUUCAGAGAAAUAUGCAUUGUGUUAA